AUGAGCAGAUGUCUGGCAUCCCGUCCCGAGCCCAGGCUGCAAGGGACAGACCAAGAGAGCCAGGAGGAGGCUCAGAGGGGAGCAGGACUCCUCUCUGAGUGUUUCAACUUACCAGAGCUGAAAUUAAUGACUCGCCGAUGUGACUGUGUGUCAUGUCUGCCUCCAGAACGGUUCUCUGAGCUCUGUGAGGACAAGGACCGAAUCUGUCAUGGUCACACGGACCCUUGGAGGUGGCGGCCGGGGCUUCCCUUUUGGGGUCCCCCCACCCCCGACUACAUCCUCGCCCGCCAGGCCGCGUGCCGCGCCGGGAGGUGGCCUUUCCGCGAGGUGACCUCGGGCUCCCCCCGAGCCCGACCGCAGCACGCUCCGUGUGGAGACGCGAGGCGGUGUCCUGAGGUGACACCGGCUGUGCCGCCGAGGCAGCAGGCGCCGCCGAUCAACUAG